CAGUGUGCUCUGAGCCGCGGGAGGGGUAACAACGCCCUCCCGCACUCCAGUCACCCAAUCUGGCCGGCGCUUCGUCGCUCGCUCUGGUGAAGUUUAUUUUUGCCGAGUCGCAGUGUCGCUUCCCCGGACUUAAUUAUUUUUCCUACACGUUUGUGAUCCCAUUGACAGUACUCGAUUACUAUUUGUAACUUGUCUCGAAGUGAACUAUCUAUCAGUCAAGGCUUAAGUUUACUGCAGUGACAGCCGUAGAAUAAUAAUAUCGUCAACCAGCCAGUCAGCCAGCCAGUCAGUCAGUCAGUCAGUCAUUCGGUCAGUCAUGCCGGCCGGUCAGUGCGGUCUGCCAGUCAGCUGUUAUCAUCGACUGCCACCACCACCGCACCCGCUGUGAUCCACCACCACCACUACCAAUACCACUACCACCUCCACCACUGCUGCACUCCCUGACGCAGAAGAAGUAAGGAGAAAAGGAAACGAAAGAAGGAAACGAGAGUCGCUUAAGUUGUCCCCAGGUACCGGCGCCACGUCCCGCCGAGGAUACACCUGUCCUGCCUCGUGCCAGAAUUUGCCGCGCUAACUCAGAAAAAGAAAAAAAGGAAAAAAAAAACACAUGAAAAGGAAAUGAAAAAAAUAUAUAAUUCACAGUAAGAUCCACAACGGCGACGACUUUUACUACACACACACACACACACACACACACACACACACACACACACACACACACACACACAUACACACACGUACAAUCCACGACGGACGUAGAUUUCAUGUAUAUGAAAUUUUCCACCCAAAAUAUCCAAAUUUCGUAAUCCUGUGGAGGCGAGAAGAUUUGCCCCAAAUUUUUUUACAUUAUUUUUUUUCUAUUUUUUAUUUAUUUAUUUAUUUAUUUAUUUUUGAGAAUUGAAACCUGCGCCAGACAAGGAAACUUUGCUUCGCUGACCGACACGAACCGGGCAACCACCUGCCUGUAUGUGAGAGACGGACGCGAAGGAAGGAAGAAAAAUGAGAAGUUUGGAAAGAUGUAAAUGUUAAGGAUGAGAAGGACUAAGAGAAAAAAUAAGAGAGAAGAGAAAAGAGAAAGAGAGAUAGACAGACAAAAAAUAUAAAAAUGCCGCAGUAACAGUGAAAUUCUCGUGUGAUUAAGUUUGUGUGUGUUGUUACCAGCUUAACCAAUUAGAGGCGAGCAAGACAAAUGGCGGCCUGUGAUUGGCUAGUGAUACCUCCGCUACUCGUCCGUGUGUCUGUGUGACGCUUCACGUGGCUCACCUAAGACAAGAGGAGGAGGUGGAGGAAGAGGAGGAGGAGGAGGAGGUAGAAGAAGAGGAAGAGGAGGACGGGAGCAACAAGGAGGCGGUGCUACAUUCCAGUCACCUGCAUGAGGAUUAGCUUUGUGAUUUACUUGGUGACGUUGGUGGCGUGACGUUGAGUGUGACGCGUGGAGCCGUAAAGACACCAACACGCUCGGGCUGACUUGGUGACGAGUGACGGCGCUGUGACCCCUAGUCCAUUCUUUCCCUACUCCCUGCCCUCAGCAUUGUCAUGGCCGCGUGUUCGUGUGUGUGUGAGUAGGUAUGUGUAUGUGUGCGUGUGGGGCCUGCGGUAGUCGUGAUUUGUGGUGUCCGCGUGAAGCAUAAGAAGCCUCGUUAGGGGACGUUACGACGCUAAACAACUGACGGAGGCAAAAAAGAAAAAAAGAAACGCGGAGGUGAAGAAAAUAGAUAAAAAAGAGAAAAGUAAAGAAACUGGACUAUUGUAUAAUGAACCCACCACAUGUGUUGUAAUAAUAAUAAUAAUAAUAAUAAUAAUAAUAAUAAUAAUAACAGUAAUAGUAAUACUUGUAGUAAUAAUAGUAAUAAUAGGAACCAAAGGCUGUAUUAGCUCCUGACAAGGUGGAACAGAACAGGUAUAUAACACGGUGCUGCGCGGAACUGACCUUCACCCCCCACCCGUGCCCCUGGUGACCUACCUGUCCAGCCAAACCACCAGGUGACUUACGUUUACCUGGUCAUUCGUUACCUGUGAUCAAUCCGACUGAACUAACGCUACUGGAAUUGACUCUCGGCUGACUGACUGACUGGCUGGCGUGAUCUGAGGCGGCCAGACCCUCGCAAGUGACCCAGACGGAGCGAGAUGGAGUGAGUGAGUGAGUUCGCUCUAACCAUGCCGGGCUGCCUCCCAGUGGCCGCCGGAGUGUUGAUGAUGAUGAUGGUUGUCGCUGCCUCGUCCAUCUCCUCCGAGGACGACAAAGUGUGGGAGGUGACGGGAGUGGCCGGGCGAUCCGUGGACCUGCCUUGCUACCUGAGACCAAGAACACCUGGCGACCGGCCCAAACUAGUGCUGUGGUACAAGGAAGCCCACAGCAGCCCUCUUGUCAGCCACGACACGCGAAAUGGCCUGCCCCCUGGAGACUCCGCCCUGGACCUAAGUGUGGGCUUGGGACGCGGGCGGGGCGAGGGGGCACUGCGGGUAGGACGAGGCAGUGCAACCCUCACCUACUACAACGUGACGCCUGAACACGCGGGACUGUAUGAGUGUCGUGUGGACUUCUACACUUCCCCUGCCAACACCAACUACGUGAACCUGACAGUUGUGGAGCUGCCCAAGAAAGUGCGUUUGGUGGACAAGGAGGGUCUGUCUAUCGAGGAGGACGUGCUGGGACCCUACUUCACUGGACAGACGGUCAGAGUGGAGUGUGUCGCUCUUGGGGGUCAGCCACGCCCCAAACUCACCUGGUGGCGCAACAAUCACAUCCUGCGCAGCGGCGGAGAGGAGGAGGAUGGUCCGGGGCGGGUGAGUAUCCUGCCGGCAACGCAGAAGGUGGAGGUCUCCGCUGAUUGGCUGGUGCGAAGCGAGCUGGUGAUACAGAGCAUCAGCCGAGCGUGGCACAACCAUACACUGGCCUGCACUGCUUCCAACACGCCACUCGCCUCGCCUGUCCCUGCCUCGGCCACCAUCACCCUCUACCUGUUGCCUCGGAGGGUGGAGGUUCAGACGCCGGGCCAUGCGAAGGAGGGUCAGCCAGCUCUCAUCUUGUGCACCACUGAGGGUUCCAGACCAAGACCCACUCUCACCCUCAGCCUCGGGGGACGCCGCCUCACCCAAGACAAGGAGAGAGUGGAAGGCUUAGUGAGUGUGGCGACGGUGUCAGUGAACGUAACGCGGGCGGAUCACGGGGCUGUGGUGGCAUGUACGGCGGAGAACCCUGCAGUGCCCGGCUCCUCCCUCACCAACACCACCCUGCUCGACGUGGAGUACCCUCCCUCGGUCACCGCCUCCCUGGGCCGCUCCCUCAAGCCACACCUGCUCAAGGAAGGCGACGACGUGUACUUCACCUGCUCAGUGGACGCCAACCCUCCUGCCGCGGCCGUCACCUGGUACCAUGAGGGACGCGUGCAGGUGCAGAACAUGACCUCCGGGGUGAUCCUGACGGGAGAGUCCUUGGUGCUGCAGAAGGUGAGUCGUCGGCGGGCCGGGGAGUACCGCUGCCAGGCCACUAACUCCUUCGCCUCCGUCACCAGCAGCCCGGUCACACUCAGGAUACGAUAUCGGCCUCAGUGCCUCACCACGCCCACUACCUACUUCAUCUACGACAAGCCAAUCAACGUAACGUGCACCGUGACGUCACACCCACCAGCGAAGGCCGUGCACUGGCAGUGGAACAGCAGCAACGACGUCAUUAAGACCCAGCUGGUGGAGGCGACGACGGAGCGAGUGUCAACCCAACUAUCCGUGGCGCCCAUUGAGACAUACGAGGACAGGCUGCUCUCUUGCUGGGCCGUGAACGAGAUGGGGCGGCAGCAGCGGGCAUGUGGCUUCUCCAUCAAAGUGGCGGAAAUGCCACUGCCACUCUCCUCUUGCGGCCUGGCCAACAUCACCGCCUCCUCCCUCAGCCUUACCUGUCAACGGCCACCUCUCGCCGUGCCGGGCUCCUCCACUGUCUACAGAGCCGAGGUUUACUUGGAGAACAGGACGCUACUCGCCAACGUCACCUCCAUGAGUCCAAACUUCAACGUGAGUCACUUGGACGCGGGCACGAAUUACCAGAUCAAAGUAUACGUCACCCACGGUCCCGUCACCUCCCCGCCCGUCGUGGUCUCCGCUUACACCUCCAGAACCCCGCCAGAAACGUCUGGAGACAGUAAUGACCAGGACUUCGUUGAGAUGCGCGGUGACAGCGGCAACAGUGACGUCGGCAACGUGGAGCAGGGCGUGAUGGAGAAGGGCGCCGUCGAGAGCAGUAGCGGCAAUAGUGACGGCAACAAGGAUUCUCGGGGCGGCAGGCGAGGGCGGCUUGGCGGUGGCGAUGGCAAGACGGAGGUGGGUGCGGUGAUGGCGGCAGUGGUGGCGGUGGCGGUGCUGGCGACGAUGGGAGGCGUGUGGGCGUGGCGGCGGAGGUGGCGGUGGCAGGGAGGCGGUAGUGUCAGCGCCGCCGCCCGAGGUCCUGCAGGGGUGAGGAGUGGAGCGAAGGACUCGGGCGCCGCCUCCUCCUCUUCCUCCUCAGGCAAUCCAGAUGUUGUGCCCACCUUAGGUUCGUCGUUUUCUAAGAGGUCAUCGUCUCCCCGUCACUUUUGGAAUAAAGACAAAGCAGUGGAGGCCUCGGGUGGCGGGUCCACGGGGAGACUGCCGACCUUGAAUGAAAACUCCUCACUGGGAGACACAACAGCCGGAGGGAGUGGGAGCGGAGGGGCUGAGUCGUCCCCUUGUGACAGCCAGCGGAACAGCGGGGCGUGCAGCACCUCUACCCCGACCCUCAGCCAGAAGACGGUGUGCAGCGGCGACAAUUCCUCCCCGGCGGAGAGCAGCAGAGCUCUGGGCGGCGACAGCAGUUCCUCCCUGACCAGUAGUCUGAAGACAGUGUGUAGCGUGGGCACCUCCACUCCCACGGACGGCAUGAAGUCCAGGGACAGCACCUCCUCCCCUUCGCAGUCCCCGGCAACUGUGGGGCGCGGCCUGAGCAGUGGUGGUGGUGGCAGCAGUAGUAGCAACAGUAGUAGGAGGACUGCAGUGAUCACUUACAGGCCCUCUCCCCCGUCUGGAGGCCCCUGCAGGAGAACGACGAUGGGGAGGGGCGGAGGGCAGCGGCCCAUGAGUGCUGUGGCGGAUCUCGGUGUUGGCAGCCUUAGGAAGUCCUUCCUGCUGAACGGGGAGGAGGAAGAAGAGGAUUACCACGGAAAAGCCAGUCCGGAAGAAAGGAUCAGGAGGAGGAGACACACUCUGGCCGAGGAGGAAGAAGCCGCGGAAGAAAGGAGAAGGAGGAGGAGGGCGGCCGGGGUAAGAUUCAGCUUUACCCCGGGGGAGAUGGCGGAGGAGGAUGGGCUUGGAGUAGCCUACCACGGGGCCAAAGGAAGCUACCUGCUAAGAGAGCUGAAGGGCUACCCAGGCACCCUGCCGCGCCGCGCUCCCAGAGACGCCUUGCCUCAGCCUCCCAGGGGACACUUUGGAUCUAGGGAGGUGCUCGAUUUGUCUGGGUCAGACCGUGGAUCAGGAGAGUUUGUACCCUACCCCAGGCCACUGUACAGCUCCAGAGACGUGUUUGGUGGCUCCGGAGUACGCCUCAGGGAAGACAGCUACGCUGAGUUUUACCCACACGGCCAUCGCGAGGCUCCAGGCCGCGCGGGGGUGAGAGUUCAGUUGUCUGGACGUGCCCAGCUUCACAGGGGCUCCAGGCAUUCUCUCGGACACGGAGCGUCAGUCGGAGAGCUGAGGAGCGCCGGGUCCAUCCAGCGUCGGGGCAGCUGGGCCUCUCUGCACUACCCCGUGGACCAGCUGAUCAAGGCUGCCGAGACGGUGGUGUGAGACCGUCCGGCAGGCUGUCAUUAUUGUUAAUAUUGCUGCUGCUGCUGCUGCUGCUGCCUAUGCUGCUGCUGCUGCUGUUGCCGCCGCCUAUGCUGUGCUAUCUUCUGUUUAUUGCUGUUCAGACUGUCAGGUCAACACGUCGCUGCUUUGGUCUUCUGUCCGUGGUGUUCCUCCUUCUUUCCUCCAGCUUCUCUUUCCCUUAUUUAACGAUGAUACUAACAAUACUAAUAAAAAAAAUAGUUGGCAUA